AUGACCACCACCGGAGAAGAACAGCAAAGUCAGGCAGGAAGGCACCAAGAAGUUGGCCACAAGAGUCUUCUGCAAAGCGAUGCACUUUACCAGUAUAUUCUUGAGACUAGCGUGUACCCAAGAGAACCUGAAUGCAUGAAGGAGCUUAGGGAGUUGACUGCCAAGCAUCCGUGGAACAUCAUGACCACAUCUGCUGAUGAAGGGCAAUUCUUGAACAUGCUUUUGAAGCUUAUCAAUGCCAAGAACACCAUGGAGAUCGGUGUUUACACUGGCUAUUCUCUCUUGGCCACUGCCCUUGCUAUCCCUGAGGAUGGGAAGAUCUUGGCUAUGGACAUCAACAAAGAAAACUAUGAAUUGGGUCUCCCGGUGAUUCAGAAAGCUGGUGUUGCACACAAGAUUGAUUUCAAGGAAGGCCCUGCUCUGCCAGUUCUUGAUCAAAUGAUUGAAGAUGGCAAGUACCAUGGGACUUUCGACUUCAUCUUUGUGGAUGCUGACAAGGACAACUAUAUUAACUACCACAAGAGGUUGAUUGAGCUUGUCAAAGUUGGUGGAUUGAUUGGAUAUGACAACACCCUAUGGAAUGGAUCUGUGGUGGCUCCACCCGAUGCACCAAUGAGGAAGUAUGUGAGAUACUACAGGGACUUUGUUUUGGAGCUCAACAAGGCACUUGCUGCUGACCCCAGGGUUGAAAUUUGUAUGCUCCCUGUUGGUGAUGGUAUCACUCUCUGCCGUCGGAUCAAAUGA